AUGCGAGCAGGUCGUUCAUCGCGCGCGCACGCGAUCACCAACUCACCCUUCGUACGAGCCUUGAUUCGACCGGUCCGAUCCAUCAUCCCUGACCAGAAUGAGGUGAACGGGCAAGCACCACCGCCGAAGGCAAGCUUGAUUCCUACUCAGCCGGAGAUGGGGCCGGUGGCUUCGACGUCGACUUUGACGAUGACUGGGUUAGGGAGUGAAGCAGUGAAUGGUGCUGGUGCGAAUGGAAAACGAAGUAGGAGCGAGGCGAAUGGGAAUGGGGACGAGUGGGACGCCGUGCAGACGAAUUAUGACGCUGAGAAUCUACCAGAUGAGCUCAAGAAAUGUGAGUGUCUGGCAUGGAGGUUGUCUCGCACCGCAGGAACCGAAGCUCCCCAUCGUUGAACCGGACGAGAUGGCGUCGGUCGCGGGUUGGGACACUCUAGCCAUCACGACGCAUCAAGCUAAUCUCAUGGGUGCGAUCUGUUUAUGGUGCAGACUGGUUCCAACGAUAUCGACUUUUUUCUCUUUUUGAUCAAGGCGUGCAAAUGGAUCGAGAAGGAUGGUUCUCCGUCACACCGGAAAAGAUUGCGCAACAGAUCGCCGAGCGAUGUCAGUCUCAAGUCCUCGGCAUCAAGCUUCCUUCAGAACCUUAUGCACCUUCGCUAAUUUUUUUGUCUGCGUCGAAAAACAGGUCGAUGUAAUGUUAUCGUCGAUGCGUUCUGCGGUGUGGGUGGAAAUGCGAUCCAAUUCGCUUUCACAUGUGAAAAGGGUGAGCGCCAAAACGGUCAUUCCACCUUCCUCUUCAAAAAGUAUUCUAAUCUCAUCUUGCGCUCGCCACCCUCAUCCACCUCCAGUCAUCGCAAUCGACAUAUCCCCGACCCGACUCGCGUGUGCCCGCAAGAACGCCGAGAUCUACGGCGUCGCCGAUCGCAUCGAGUUCAUACAGGCCGACUUUGUCGAAUGGGCCAAAGAGAAAGCCAAACGACUUGAGGCGAAGCCGAAGGAAGAGGAGGAGAUCGAGGUCGUUUUCCUCAGUCCGCCUUGGGGUGGGAUUGAUUAUCUGUCUGUUGAUGCAAAGGGGAAUUCGAUGGGGACGGAGGUGGUGGAGAUGGGAACUCCUGCCCCGGUUGCUGGGGAGGCGGCUGUGGAGGCAAUCACAGCGGGGUCGAGGAAGAAGAAAAAGAGACGGAAGUCGGGAGCUGCCCAGGAGUCCAACACACCCGCUACGCCAACAGCGUCGAAAACAGCAUCGUCAGCAUCGUCAGCAUCGACAACCUACCCACUAUCCGCACUUGCGCCUCUACCUGGCCAAGACUUGUACGCCCUCUCGGCGGCUCUCACGCCGCAUAUCGCCAUGUUCCUUCCUCGGAACGUUGACCUCGUCGAAGUGGCUCAGUUGGCGCAGAAGAAGAAUGGCGAGUAUGCCGAAGUCGAGAUUGAGGAGGAAUGGAUGGGAUACAAGUUGAAAGCUAUCACGGCCUACUUUGGCGGAUUGACUUGCAAUGCAGCAGCAGCGGCACAGGCGGAGAGCUGA